AUGGCCGAACCGUCCAAGGAAGCAACUGAGCUGAUGGAGCUUAUAUCCCGCACGGACGCAAAAUGGAGGGUCCUUAUACAACGCGCAAGGUCUAGCGUUGCCGGGCCCCUUAACGUCUCACAGUACCCUAAACCUGUGCCCUCCGAUAUUGCCAAAGCAAUAGACCAUACCCUCCUUGAUAAAUCUGCUACCCAGGACCAAAUUGAUGCAUUGUGCGCCGAAGCCAAGGAAUAUGGUUUCGCUACCGUCUGCGUUAGGCUGGAGUGGGUUACACGCGCGGUGGAAAACCUUAAGGGGACGGGUAUUGGAGUCACUUGUGUCGUUGGAUUUCACGAAGGCACGCAUCCCAUUCCCGAAAUGGUUGUAGAGGCGAGGACUGCGCUGGAAAAGGGCGCCAACGAGCUUGACAUGGUGAUAAACUACCCUUUUCUCAGGAGCGGCCGCUACAGCGACGCCUUCCAGUCCGUCAUAAUGAUUAGGACCGCCACCAAGGAGAAACGGCCUCUGGUAAAACUCAAGGUUAUUCUGGAGACUUCACAGCUAAGCAGGGAUGAUAUCAUUGCUGGAUGUGUACUGUCAUGCGCUGCUGGCGUGAAUUUCGUCAAAACCAGCACCGGUUUCAACGGGGUCGGAGCAACUGUGGAGAAUGUCGCCUUGAUGCGUGCGGUUGUAGAAUCGUGCUCGAACGGCGCCGUGGAGAUCAAGGCCAGCGGCGGAAUCAGAACUGCCGAUGAUUGCAUCAAGAUGAUCCAAGCUGGUGCAACAAGAAUUGGAGCUAGCUCCGGAGUGAACAUCGUCAAGGAGGCUCUAGGUGAUUCCAAUGGGGAAGCCGAUGCCACGACUGCUAGUGGCUACUAG